CGGGGCCGCGGUCUACUGCUAGUUACUGCUGCACGUGCACUCAAAAUAUUGUACUUCAUGUCAGUUGUAUGGGUAUGCAUUUGUUUUGUAAAGAAAAAGAGGAUACUUUCAACUUUCAACGUUCAACUUUCAAAAGGCGUGGUCAAGAGUUAGAAGACCGUGACUAUUUGCGUUAUAAUUAAUUUAAUUAAGGGAAAACUUCGAUGCCACAGUGCCUGCCAUUAUAGCUAUUAUUGCUGCAAUGUGUAGAAAGAUAUCAUUUUCUUCUUCACAGGGAGAUGGUUGUCAUGGAUGUUUCGUGUUUUGAGAACGAGACUUGUGGUGAGCUAGUAUCUGGGAUGGAGUUGCAUCAGUUUCUUUUCGACCAUGUAAAACGACCAGCCAAGAUACGAAAUUACAUUUUGCAUCCGAAAGUUAUGAUGUUGGGUGACCAGGGCGCAAUGAUUGCUUACGUACGGCUGACGCAGUUUAUUGACAAGAGUGAACGUCCUGUGCAUAUACGUGCUGAAGAGACUCGGGUGUAUCACAAGGAAAGAGGUCGAUGGAUGAUGGUCCAUUUUCAUCGCUCAGGUGGACACAAUAGUCUUCCAGUGAACUAAACGAAAUAUGCUAUACGCUGUCAAAUUGCUAAAGCACUUGAAAACAAAUUUUGCAAUUGCAAUUGAAUAAUUUGCGUCUGCUAUUGACAGCAUGCCUGCGUUAGUACAGAAUAUUGUCAAUUGUAGCUUUAUCUGUACGCCUGUACUAUUGUUUCUUAGUGUGUAUCUAGUGUGUAGUUUGAAGUUUGUAGGUGCAUGUGGAAUGUAGCUGCAUGUGUUUGUGGCAAACGUCUGUUGCAUAUAUAUAGCGUCGUUAUAGCAACUAGAGGUGAGAGUGUGCUG